AUGCCUUCAACCGACUCCUUGGCUGACCCUCAGGAAUAUCAGAAGAUAUUCCACUGGGCUGAAACCCAGAAGGAUGGUACUAUCCCUUCCUUCAAUACAAGGCGUAACGAUCCUUAUGAGUAUCAAGCCGGUUUCGGUAACGACUUCGCAUCUGAAGCAAUCCCUGGCACAAUUCCACACGGCCAAAAUAGUCCUCGCAAUGUGAGAUUCGGCCUCUAUGCCGAGCAAAUGACCGCCACAGCUUUUGUAGCUCCACGGCACUGCAAUAAGAAGGCGUGGCUCUACCGUGCCCGCCCCGCCGUCGCCCACCAGGGCUUCACUGAGCUCCCUGAUAACAAGGAUACUGAGGCAAACUUCUUGCCUUUAAACCCUCGCAUCCAUGUUUCCCCUACCCAGCUAGCAUGGCACCCCUUCGACAUCCCCGAAAGUGGGGAGGUUGACUUUGUCUCAGGAUUAAAGACCAUCGCCGGCUCUGGUGAUCCCACCCUGCGCGAAGGUCUGGCAACACACGUUUAUGUUGCCAAUGCUAGCAUGAAAAAGAAAGCCUUCGUUAAUUCGGAUGGUGAGUUCUUAAUCGUUCCCCAACAGGGCGCCCUCGAUAUUCAAACUGAGUUUGGACCCAUGCUUGUUCAGCCCGGUGAGCUUUGCGUUAUUCAGCGCGGUAUUCGCUUCAGUGUGAACUUGCCGGAUGGACCUUCUCGGGGAUACAUUCUCGAGGUCUGGGGUACGCAAUUCGAGCUGCCUGAGCUGGGUCCUCUUGGUGCUAAUGGCCUUGCGAAUUCGCGCGACUUCUUGAGCCCUGUAGCGAGAUAUGAAAUACUCCAGGAGUCGUGGGAAAUCAUCUACAAGCUUGGCGGCAAGUUCUUCAAAAGCACUCAAAACCACAGCCCUUAUGAUGUCGUGGCUUGGCAUGGCAACUACGUCCCCUAUAAAUAUGAUUUGACCAAGUUUGUCAAUGUUGGCUCUAUCUCUGUCGACCACAUUGAUCCGUCUAUCUUCUGUGUGCUUACGGCAAAAUCCCGCGAUCUCACCGCGCCGAUUGCUGACUUCCUCACUUUCUCCCCUCGAUGGGAUGUUGCCUCUCACACAUAUCGUCCUCCGUACUACCACCGCAAUGCGGCCUCCGAACUAAUGGGCCUUAUCUACGGUGACUAUGGCGGCCGCUCAGAUGCCUUCAAGCCAGGCAGCGUGUCAUUUGAAUGUGGCAUGGUCCCCCACGGCGUUGCGUACGAAGAAUUCAAAGAAGCUACCGACAACACACCGCCGGUGAUGCAAAUAUCCCAAGCAUCGAUUGCGUUCAUGUUCGAGUCUUGCCGUCCAUUCACCAUCACUGAUUACGCCUGGAAUAGCGAAAAGAGACAUGAGCAUGAGCCCAAGAUGUGGGAUAACUUGGUGGAUAACUUCUCGAAGCAUGCGGAAGAGAUCGAGGAGAUCUUGAGUAGGAAAGCGAAGGGUCUGUCAAUUUCAUGA